ACGGCCACGAUGGACAAUCGACUCAACAUUGGUUCGGAAGUGCGUGAGCUGAAGCUCGGUUCGACCUUCACCAAUGCAGCAGCACCCUCGAACCAGUUCCACACGAUAAAAUACGAUUUCAAACCUGCCAGCGUCGACGUGAACAAACCGGCGGUGCUGGAAAUUAGUGCCAACAAGCAGGUCACCGUUACCGUACCACACCUGGAUGGUUCCGGUGUACCCAAUACCGUCUUCAAGGGUAAUCAGCGUGAUUAUUCGCGGAAGGACUGUGUGCUCAUAGUGAACCGGGCGACCGGUGAGAUAACGCUUGAACAGCUCAACAGCAGUAUCGUGGUGAAGAAGACGCGAAUCGAAAACAAGGCACCUAAUCCACCACCAUCACUGCCAACGAUAAAGGUCGAAAACAAUACCGCACGCCAGAGCUCCAAGACGAAGAUUACGACCGGCGUGCGGAAGAAUGCGCCGAUCAGCUUCAUGCCAAAGCAUUCGCCGCUGCAGGGUUCCCCGUCCUAUCCGCACCGGAGUCCCCAGUCGGCCCCGGCCUGGAACGCCAACAAUACUCAACAAACCUUGCCAAGUAUUCCGAUGAUUGGGCUGGACGAUGGGAUGGACUUUGGUACUGUGAUGCCACCUUCCUCCUCCUCCGCUAACACUUCCAACUCCUCCACCUCUUCCUCGUCGGGUGCUACCAUGAACAAUCAUCUGAACAACAACAUUGGCGGAGGCAGUGGUAGUAAUUCCAGCUCAAACCACACCAACAACCACCACCACCACCAGCACCAGCAGCAUAGCAGUAGUAGUAGUAGUACUAGCAGUAGUAGCAAUAGCAUGGCUGGUUCGAUCAACAGUGGCAGCACGAGCAACAACCAUAGCAACAACAGCAAUAGCUACCUUAAUCACGGUACGACGCAGAACAACAACAAUCACCAUGGUAGCGGCGCUAGUGGCAGCAAUCAGCAUCAUCACAGCAAUCACCUCAGCGUACCGUCCUCGUACGGUGGUGUUGGCGGUGGUAGGAACCAUCUGCACAAUGAAACCUCAAUGCCGCCCAGCGUUGAGGUUAGCUUGCCGCCCGAUCGCGAUCUGUUGCCACCGCCGUUAGCCGUGACGGGAAUCGGUGUUGGAGCGAGCAGCGAUCCGGAAAUGAUGACUUCCUCAGAGUCGGACGGUUCGGAUGAUUCCGAUUCAAGCAGCAGCGACCAAGAAUCGGACAGUUCGACCGAAGAUAACAACGAUUCACCAGUGAAGGAGUCCAUUUUCGAUCCACGGCCAGACCCGACGAUCUCGGUUACCUCCGCCGCAGUAGAUCUGAGCAAGGACCUCUGCCUAUCAUCCAACUCGGACUCGGACGAUUAAUCGUGG